AUGGAGUCUGAAAUUUUAGAUGCUGAUUUCACUGAAGAAGAAGUUUUAUAUGCAAUUAAGGAUUUAGGCAAUGAUAAGGCACCUGGCCCGGAUAGUUUCCCUAUCAUGUUCUUUCAGAAAUGCUGGUAUUUCAUCGAGGAAGAUAUCAUGAGUACAGUAAAUAAAUUUUGCGCAUCAGGUACUAUCGAUUCUAAACACAACUCAACUUUCAUCACUCAAGUACCUAAAAAGGAUCACAUUGAAACUGUAAAGGAUUGUCGACCUAUUUGUCUUUUAACUAGUGUCUAUAAGAUCAUUGCAAAAGUUUUGGCUUCAAGGAUUAAACUUGUUAUGGAUAAGCUAAUAUCACAUGUACAGUGUUCUUAUAUUGAGGGUAGGGAGAUUAUUGAUGGUACCGUAAUUGCCAAUGAAUUGGUAGAUUCGAGACUAAGGUCUGGUAACGCUGUGCUCAUAAAUGGGUCUUCCUUUGGCUACUUCAAUAGUUCAAGGGGUGUUAGACAGGGUGCUCCAGUUUCUCCCCUAUUGUUUAAUACUACAAUGGAAGGUUUCUCAAUAUUUAUGGAUAGAGCGUCAAACCAAGCCUUACAAUGCUUUGAGUUCAUCGCUGGUUUGAAGGUAAAUACUUCUAAAACUAGGUUAGUCGCAGUGGGAGAUGUACCAGAUUUAUAUUCAUGGGCAACAAAACUUGGUUGCUCUAUUGAUACCUUGCCGUUCAUUUAUUUGGGUAUGACACUUGGUGCCAAGUCGGGUUCAAAAGGAAUUUGGGAUCCAAUUAUUGAGAAGUUUGAUGCGAGAUUGUCACCUUGGAGGAAGAUUUCUCUUUCAAAGGGAGAUACAACGUCUUUUGGAGUUUCAGGCAGAGACAUUACUUUCUGGUUUGAUACUUGGUGUGGACAGAUUCCACUAGCUACUGCUUUCCCCAAUCUUCAUAAAUUGGCUACAAAUAAGUAUAUUAAGUUAGCGGACAUGAUCUCGCCUGAAGGUGGUUGGAAAUUUGAUAUCAAAAGGGUUCUUACUAAUGCAGAAGUGGAUGCUUUUGCUACCCUUCUUAUUCACAUAGGAGACUCCCCUCCAGUAACAGAUGCCUUACCUGAUACUCGUAGAUGGUCUCUCAACACUUCAGGUACUUUCUCAGUCAAAACAUUAUAUGAACAUCUAUACAGGGAACAAGGUAUCGACGAAUUCCCAUACUCUUUUACUUGGAAGUCGGUUGUACCCCCUAAAGUCAACUUCUUGAUGUGGUGUAUCAUUCACGGUAAGCUCAACACCAUUGAUAUUCUGCAAUGUAAGGGUGUACACAUUUAUAACUGUUGUGUGUUGUGGGGAGAUGAUUUUGAAACACAAGAUCACCUAUUUCUACAUUGUAAAGUAGCUCGGAAAAUCUGGAUGGAGAUGUUACCUUCUAACUGGUGUUGGGUCUUCCCUAGAAGCAUGUUUGAUCUUGCCAAAUCUUGGCAGCAUCUUCUCCUUAGUAGUUCAGGUAAAACAAUUUGGGAGCUUAUGCCAGCUGCAAUUAUAUGGGUGCUAUGGAAUGAGAGAAAUUGUCGCAUUUUUGAAAGCAAAUACAAUUUCAAAACGGAUUCUGAUUUAUUGAUUGAUGCGAAGACCCUUGUUCUUACUUUGGCAGCUGCCUCUUGGUAG